AGGAUAUAAUGGUAAAUUAGCAAAUCAAAACCCUAUAAGCUUCGACAAACUUUAAAAAAGGACUAAAUGUGUCCUAAAAUAGGUGGAUUAACACUUAACAGAGCAAAGCUUGAUAUUAGUGCCAAGCAUCCAGAAAAAAAACAGAAAAAACUUUUUUUUCUAAGCUUCCACUUCAUAAUACAGUAUUCGUAAGAAUAGAGAACAUGUGAAAUCAAGCAAGCAAGAGGCAUCAUCAUUGUUAGUGCAUUGAUAAAAAUGGAAGCUCCUGAAUCCCAAGACCCGCAUUUGGCUGCAAAGGAAUCGCGAAUGAAGCGUUAUAAGCCCAUUUGGCGUAUUCUUUUAAUCUCUAAUCUCGCCCUUGGAGUACUUGCAGCUUAUAUGUUCGCAAUGGCAAGAAAGAAAAAUCUGAGUAUGACAGAUAUUAAAACUGCAAAAGAAGGUCAGGAAGACAGCAAAACCUUGGGGGAAGAUCUCUUGGAUUCAACAACUGCCUCAAUUCCUCAGACUCCAUUCGCCUCUAGUGAUAUUCUGAAACCAAAGGAGCCUAUACCUGAAGAUCAGCAACGCGAGCUUUUCAAGUGGAUAUUGGAAGAGAAAAGAAAAGUCAAACCCAAGGACCCCGAGGAGAAGAAACGAAUUGAUGAAGAGAAAGCCAUACUCAAGCAGUUCAUUCGGGCAAAGUCCAUUCCAAGUUUCUAACUGAUGUUUCUGACUCCAAUUUUACUUACAAAUGGUAGCAAAUUGAGAAGGAUUUUUUAUGCUCAUCAAUUGAAGGAUAGAUAUUGUAAAAUAUUUCAUACAAUAUUUGACGCCUCAAUAAAUAUUCUUCCUGUUUUUUUUUA